UUCAGUUUGAGUCUUGGUUUCUUAAUACAAUUUAUUGCAGCAUGUGGUUGUAGAAUGUAAUUGUUUUACAAAGCAAGAUGAGUAACUGUGACGAUGUUGCCAAUGAGUUCUGGAGGAACAAAUAUCUGAAAAUCUUAGAGUAUGCUUAUCAAGUCUUGCAAAGUAAUAAAUUGUAUCAUGCGAAGAUAAAACGUUUAAACAAGAAUACCCGACGUGUUUCUAAGCACAACAAUUAUUUUGUGCAUGUUCUGAAAAAUCAUGGUGAUGAUUUUGGACUACAUUGCCCUUCAGUUUGGGAGAAAAUAGCUUAUCCUGGUGCCAUAUCAGAACCACUUUUAGACGCUAAAGCUCAAAUGAAGAAACCCCCAAAUGCCUUCUUUUUGUACUGUAAGGAAAACAGAGACUCUGUCAAAAAAUUAAUUCGGGAACAGCCUGCAGGUAUGUUUGAUGCAAGAAACGAAAUCACUAGACAACUAGCGAAAGACUGGAAUGCUUUGCCUCAAGAGGAAAGGGAGAAAUAUUUUGAGAAAUAUAGAGACAAUAUUGAGCAAUAUGAGGAAUCAAUUCGUGAGGAAAGCAGAAAAAAUAAACUUAUGUUUGCUAUGAGUAGUAGUGAAGAUGAAGAGGAAGAGGAAUUGCCUUUUCCCUCAUCCCUGCAAACUCCAGGACAUCCCUCGCAAACUCCCACCCAUCUCUCGCCCAUGUUGACGCCCUUCCAUCCAUCUCAGACCCCUUCUCAUUCUUCUCACUACGGGACACAGUUUUCAGACAAUAUGAUCAAUGACUUGUUUGCUAAUGGGAAUAGUAAUAGUGUUUCUGGAUUUGGUAAUAUGUUUAAAUUCCCUAAACAAUGAGCUUGAUUAGUUCUGAUAAUUUUCUAUCAUUUCUUGCUUAGAAUUUGAAUUAUGCAAAUUUUUAUCAUUAAUAUCAAUUGUUAAUAAGUUAAAGCACAUGAUAUGGUGUGACUAUUAUGCGCAAGGUGGAAUAAGAAGGUUAAAGAAUCGAUUUAUAAUUAUGUUUGCAUUGAAUUUUUAUUUCUCCAUCAUCUAAUCUUUGAUACAAUUUCAUUGGUGAUGUGUAUCGAGACUGUUCUGAUGUAUUUGUAUCUUCACAGGAAAAGACCUGUAAAGGGAUAAUUUACAUGCAACUCAACUGUAUUUUAUAACCGUAUUACGUUUUUGGGUCUCAUCAGAUCAACUUUUAAAGUUAUUAUUGAUAAA